CUGUUCGUGGUUGUGAGAUAUGUCCCACACUCCAGAGUGUGCAGCAACGCACAUCUAUUGGUGAUGAUCAUCAGAGUACUACGCCACUGAAGAAUGGACACCUUCCCGAAGUGUUCUGUCUGUCAGCUGCAGUUUACCCUGAAAGGUCCAGCCCCCUACUUACUUCCCUGUCUACACGCUGUGUGUGAGACGUGUGUGACAUCUGCAGCUGGCGGUGUGAUAUCAUGCUCAACAUGUCAGAGGAAGGUCAACCUCACAGACACACGUCUCCCGACGGAUGUAGUCAGACAGAAGGAAAUAUUUCACCUGACUGUCAAACAUCGCCCGACAGAGCUCCUCUGUACAAAUAACGAUGAUGGAAACCAGGCUUUAUGUUGGUGUCAGGAGUGCGAAGAGUUCCUCUGUGAAUACUGCCAGAACAUGCACAGCAGCUUCAAACUUACCAGGAAACAUGUACUUCAAAACUUCAGUGACAUGGUACCAACUGUCUCGAACAUUCCAGCCUUCUGUAGUAUCCACAAACACCACCUCCUUUAUCUGUUUGAUAAAAGCUGCAAGAAGUUAAUCUGUGCGAAAUGUAGGUUUGAUGAUCAUACACAUCAUGAAGCGGUGGAACUAGAUGUAGUUGCUGACACUGUAACAAAACAGCUGGACCAUCGUAAGAAUGAACUGUCAAAGUUACAAUCUCGCCAGCAAUCACACAUGCAGAGCAUCAGGCAAGGAACCGAAUCCAUCCACAGAACACAAAACACUUUGAAAGAAACUAUUGGCCACACAUUCCAAUCUCUGAGAUCACAACUUGACCAAAGAGAGAAGGACAUUCUGAUCGAUCUUGAAAGUCAAACGAAGGAGACCAAGUCAACUCUACAUGCUCGUCUAAACACCUGUGAAGAAGAUUGGAAGACAUGUACUGGGCUUUUAGACUACAUCAACACUAUCCUUCUCUAUGCCUCUAAGUCAGACCUCGUGGAACUGGAGAGUUAUGUAGGGGACAUAACUCGUACCUACCUAGAAACUGCUGCCCCUGAAUCAUAUGUCGUACCUUCAGCUGUCUUCAACACCAACAGCUUGUCAAAACUGAAAUCAAACAUAUCAGUGUUUGGUGCCAUUUUGCCAAGGGAAGUGGAGGAGGAAUCUGUAAAAGACAAGGAUACUCAGACUGAUGAUGACUUUAUUGAAGAUCUCGAAAUGAAACACAAAAUGUGCAUUAAGGAGAAGGAAACCACCGAGAAGAGAGCCUCUAAAACCAUGGAUGUCUUACUUGGUGUGGCCAGGGAAUGCGGUGUUCAUCUGCUGAAGUCAGACGUUGUAGACAGAUCUAUGGUGCUGAAGUGUAUACAUCUGAAGUUUGACAAAGACAGAGUCAAUCUCGACUACGUCCACAUCAACACAGAAGGAGACCUGGUCAACAGGAAGUCGGGCACCAGACCUGCAGGGGAGGGGAGACUGAAGAAGUAUGAGGGCACAUGUAGCACUGCACCCCUCCCGCAGGCUGGCUGUCCCCAGUACUGGGAGAUGUUGAACAGGGUCAGUCUGGACAAACCACUCACAGAGACCAACCUCAUCCUGGAGGUGGGUGUAUGCAGGGAGGAGCAGAGGGACGUGCAUCAUUAUAUAAGUAAACAAUCCAGGUCCUAUAGCAUGGCCGUCUCCCGCUGUACUACACACGGUGGGAUAUGCAGGCAGACAUGGAAGGAGGGGAGGUAUGUGCUGUGUCUACCUGACACUCUCCCAAACACAGCAGGGACAUCACACACACUACAUUACGGUCUUAUCUAUGAUGACACCAGGAAGAAGAUUGUCUUCAUUGAUGUGAAGGAGAAUAAAGUGAUAUGGACGAUAGACAAUGUAGACCCUAGUCAGCCACUGUGGCCGAUGUUCGGGGUGUAUAACUCAUAUCUCCUCACUGUCAGCAUGACACUUGUAGUAGGCAGCGACAUCAACAUGACAGAGGAGAAGAAAGCAAUAAUUGUCAAGGCGUUGUCGUGAUGGUGACAAUGAUUGUCAAGGCGUUGUCGUGAUGGUGACAAUGAUUGUCAAGGCGUUGUCGUGAUGUUGACAAUGAUUGUCAAGGCGUUGUCGUGAUGGUGACAAUGAUUGUCAAGGCACUGUCGUGAUGGUGACAAUGAUUCUCAAGGCGUUGUCGUGAUGGUGACAAUGAUUGUCAAGGGCUGUCGUGAUAUUGACAAUGAUUUCAAGGGCUGUCGUGAUAGUGACAAUGAUUGUCAAGGGCUGUCGUGAUAGUGACAAUGAUUGUCAAGGCCUAUCGUGACAGUGACAAUGAUUGCCAAGGCGCUAUCGUGAUGGUGACAAUGAUUGUGAAGGGCUGUCCUGAUGGUGACAAUGAUUGUUAAGGAGCUGUCGUGGUGGUGACAACAAUUGUCAAGGGCUGUCCUGAUAGUGACAAUGAUUUCAAGGGCUGUCGUGAUGGUGACAAUGAUUGCCAAGGCUCUGUCGUGAUGGUGACAAUGAGUGUCAAGGCCCUGUCGUGAUGGUGAUAAUGAUUGUUAAGGCGCUGUCGUGAUGAUGACAAUGAUUGUCAAGGGCUGUUGUGAUAGUGACAAUGAUUGUCAAGGCCUGUCGUGACAGUGACAAUGAUUGCCAAGGCGCUGUCGUGAUGGUAAAAAUGAUUGUCAAGGGCUGUCCUGAUGGUGACAAUGAUUGUUAAGGCGUUGUCGUGGUGGUGACAAUGAUUGUCAAGGGCUGUCGUGAUAGUGACAAUGAUUGUCAAGGCCUGUCGUGAUAGUGACAAUGAUUGCCAAGGCGCUGUCGUGAUGGUUGACAAUGAUUGUUAAGGCGCUGUCCUGAUGGUGACAAUGAUUGUUAAGGCGCUGUCGUGGUGGUGGCAAUGAUUGUCAAGGGCUGUCCUGAUAGUGACAAUGAUUUCAAGGGCUGUCGUGAUAGUGACAAUGAUUGUCAAGGCCUGUCGUGAUGUUGACAAUGAUUGCCAAGGCUCUGUCGUGAUGGUGACAAUGAGUGUCAAGGCCCUGUCGUGAUGGUGAUAAUGAUUGUUAAGGCGCUGUCGUGAUGGUGACAAUGAUUGUCAAGGGCUGUCGUGAUAGUGACAAUGAUUGUCAAGGCCUGUCGUGACAGUGACAAUGAUUGCCAAGGCGCUGUCGUGAUGGUAAAAAUGAUUGUCAAGGGCUGUCCUGAUGGUGACAAUGAUUGUUAAGGCGUUGUCGUGGUGGUGACAAUGAUUGUCAAGGGCUGUCGUGAUAGUGACAAUGAUUGUCAAGGCCUGUCGUGAUAGUGACAAUGAUUGCCAAGGCGCUGUCGUGAUGGUGACAAUGAUUGUUAAGGCGCUGUCGUGAUGGUGACAAUGAUUGUGAGGGCGCUGUCGUGAUGGUGACACUGAUUGCGUAGGCGUUGUCGUGCUGUUGGCAGUGAUUGUCAAGGCGCUGUCGGGAUGGUGACACUGAUUGCCAAUGCGCUGUCGUGCUGUUGGCAGUGAUUGUAAAGGCCCUGUCAUGAUGGUGACAAUGAUUGUCAAGACUCUGUCGUGACGGUGACAAUGAUUGUGAAGGCACUGUCGUGAUAGUGACAAUGAUUGUCAAGGCGCUGUCUGGAUGGUGACAACGAUUGUCAAGGCGUUGUCGUGAUGGUGACAAGGAUUGUCAAGACUCUGUCGUGACGGUGACAAUGAUUGUCAAGGCUCUGUCAUGAUGGUGAGAAUGAUUGUCAAGGCACUGUCGGGAUGGUGAGAAUGAUCGUGAUAUGAACACACAGAUUUGUAGCAGAUACUCACUGCUCAGGAACAACUACAUGACUCGAACAUGUCUUGUCUGUGAAGGAGACA